GUAGUCGUCAACAAUGCGCUCUACUUCCUCGAUGCUCUUUCGAGCUAUAAGAGCUCUUCAACAUGAAAAUCCACUGGGUCUCCCUCGAUCGGGUACUCCACCAAACUGGCCAAAACGGCCUCAGAGGCGGAAGAUUACCGGUGUAGACAAAGUCAUCGCCGUGUCCUCUGCUAAAGGCGGCGUUGGUAAAAGCACUGUCGCUGCAAACUUAUCACUAGCUUUUGCUAGACUUGGUUUCCGCGCUGGAAUAUUGGAUACCGAUAUUUUUGGCCCAUCUAUUCCGACCUUAUUCGAUCUAUCGGGAGAGCCCAGGCUAUCCAGCAACAAUCAGCUAGUACCCCUAACUAAUUACGGAGUCAAGACAAUGUCAAUGGGCUAUCUGGUGGGCGAGAGUGCUCCAGUUGUUUGGAGAGGGCCAAUGGUUAUGAAGGCGAUUCAGCAACUCCUACACGAGGUAGACUGGGGUGGCUUGGAUAUUCUUGUGUUGGAUUUGCCUCCCGGAACAGGCGAUACACAGUUGACUAUAACCCAGCAAGUUAUUCUAGACGGGUCUGUCAUCAUCACUACACCACACACUUUGGCAACGAAAGACGCGAUCAAGGGAAUCAACAUGUUCAAAACUGUUGGCGUCAAUAUCCUUGGCAUGGUGCAAAACAUGUCUCUCUUUAAUUGCCCUCACUGCCAUCAGGACACUCACGUUUUUGGAUCAAAUAAAAGAGUGGAAAAGCUAUGUCAAGACCAUGAAAUUGAGUUUCUAGGAGACAUUCCGCUUCAUCCCAACAUUGGUGAUGAUGGAGAGAGAGGAAAGCCGACUGUCGUCGCUGAGCCAUCCAGCGAACGAGCAUCAGCCUUUCUCGAUAUAGCUAAAGCUAUCUGCCCCAAGAUUGAUCUAAAAGAACACGAGCGUCACAGUCACUAACUCUUCUUAUUUUCAAAUCUCUCUUUCAAGCAGAAAAGUAGAAAAAAGAAAAGAAAAUACUUAGAUGGCAUGCUUGGAAAUUUAAACCUCGUUUGAUGAAAGGGUGAUCGUGGGAACCUGCCAUCGUAACUUAGCAAUGCAUUCCACAUCCCAAAAGGGGCCGCCUAUUCUUGAAUAAAGCGUCUUGUAUUUUGCCAAGUGGCAGCCAAUGUUCCCAUAACUUUAAUUCCUCUUCUCGAAGCCGCGAUAUAAAAUUCUGGUGUAAAAAAAAGCCAAAUGCAUAAAUGUUAGCCUCUUCAACAACUUAUCGCAAGGCAUAUUACCGCGGUAUAAACAAAAGUUUCCCAGCUCCUUAACGCCUUUCGUCAUCAAUUCAAGCUUUCCCCAGUGGCUGCCUAGUUGAGGCAAUGCAUUUUCAGUCGAGUUCUUCAUUAACUUGGUAGAUGUGCCGACUACGUGUAGGGUCCUUGCUCAUUGUCUUGCCAGAGCCAGUAAAUCCAACU